AUGGAUGGCGCACUGCAGACACUCAGCGGUUGCCUUUGGUAUGCUGUGAUGCUAUUGCACUGUUUUUUCGAGUCUCUUUGGCAUUUGGUGGAUGAAUGCCAGGCCGCACCUGAAGAGGUGAAAAAUGCUCCGAAGCAUGAUCUCGGACCAAAUUUUGUGAGCCUCGGAAUUGUCGAACACCCUGCGGGCUUAUGCGAUGUCCGACUUGAGCCAACUCCGCUACCACAUCCUGUUGAGUUCUGCGUGACAGCGCCCCUCAAGAAAUUUUGGACGGAUGGGUCAAUGGUCAACGCUGAAUCCUUCUGGCUUCAAACAGCUGCCUUUGCUGCGGUUGAUGAAAGCCAGCAAUGUAUUUACAAAGGGCGUGUCAAUUCCUUUGCGCUCUCUUCGUUCACUGCUGAGCUAUAUGCAAUUAUAUUUACUUUCUUUUGUUCACAGGGCCCCAUCCUUAUCUAUACGGACUGCAAAACCUUUGUUGACAAGUUUGGUACACUCCUUCGGGAACGCCUCGUGCCCAAGGGUUGGGCUCAUUCCGUCUGGUGGAAAGAACUUUUGAAAGUCUAUAAUUUGCGAUCAGCUGUGUCAGGUGAUCCCUUGAGGGUUCAAUGGAUCCCGGCACACUUGUGUGACAAUAUUCAAGUGAGUGAAAUCACGGAUGAAGUGGCUGCACAGCUUGGCUGGCCACGACAAUGCCUUAUUUGCAAUAAAUUGGCCGAUAGCCAUGCCAAAGCCUUUGCACUUGAUCUUGCACCAGUCGCACCUUCCAUGUUCACUGUGUUGAAACACGAAGUCUUCACACGACAGGCGUGCCUUGCGAGAUUAAAUUGUGCAAUAGGCAAGGAUCAGCCGAUCAAGAAUGUGUACCUCACCAAGGAGGAACAAGCUCCUGACCAGGAAUUUUCUGUCCGCAGCCGUUUUCCAGAAUGGGAUUGGACACCAGAUGCCUCCCUUUUCUCUUGGAAACCCAAGCAUACCCAUUCUGUGGUGGAUUGCUGCGGAUCAUUUUCUUCUGACGAGGACUGUGAUGCUCUUCAAUCCUUCAUCCUUGCACUUAAGUGGAAAGCCGGUGCGAACCUUUCAGUCGCGUAUGUUGAACUCGCCUUUCUCUUUGUGGUGCGUCACUUUCGUUUUUCAUCGGUUGCCGCAACUGAUGAUUUCGCCGUCUUGGUACGACACUUGAAACGAAUGUUUGAUGCCGUGUGUGCUCAGCGCAACCAGGGACUCAUUCCAGGACGCCAUGAAAGGGAUCAGAGUCAUCAUUGUGGACGUGCCCUCCCUCGGGGGGCGAUUUUUGGUUUCCGGCCUUUCAUUUCUACGAGUGAACUUGAAGGAUUCGCCCGUUUGAUUCUCGAAGGGGGUGGACGAACACUGAAGACGUGGCGUUUCGGACUUGAUGCUGUUGUCGCUAAUUAG